AAGACUUAAAAGGAAAACUUAAAUUCGAGGUCUGUUCGUUAUUUUUCAAGUCUCACAACACAAACAAGGGAGUCAAUUUUCUCAGCUUUUAGGUGAUGAGAGAUGAAGUCGAUCGUUGCUUGACGUCUAAAUUUCCUGCUUUGUUUAAGGAAAGCGUGUUCUUUUGUUAAUUCAUACGCCACUUCCAUCUCUGAUCCGUCCAAAGCGAGAGAAAUUGCCGUUUCCAUCCAUCCACUCACCUAUUCAUCUGUUUCGGUUAACAAAGUGGAUACUGCGAAUUCGAAGAGUUCAUACUUUCAUAAACACCAGCUUCAGCAUGGAUCCAAAUGGAAAAAUGGACCAGACGGUGCAAUUGGUGAAAUCAGUCUCUGAUAAGCAUCUUGAUCUUUUGAGGCCAUCUGCCCGAAUUUGUUCAAUAUUCAAAGGCCAAGGAAAAGAUGCUCCAGACCACAUAAGGAGCAAAUACACGCUUCUCAGAGAUGUAGAGGAUUCUCAAGUAGGGCUAUAUGACAAGCCUCUCCCGUGUUUUGGCUGCGGCAUAGGAUGGUUUUCUUUCCUCCUGGGGUUUUUUUUCCCACUAAUGUGGUACUAUGCCACGAUUCUCUACUUCUGGAAUGCUCGCAGAGAUCCAAGGGAACGUGCUGGAUUAGCUGCGUCUGCCAUUGCUGCACUUGCAUGUUCGAUCAUCUUGUUAAUUGUGGUAGCUGUUCUUCUAUGAUAGCUCGGCAUACUUGAUCUUUGCCCCUUCAGUCUUGCCAAUGCAAUUUCAACCUGAAUAGGUUUUGUGGAUGUGCAGAUAAAUGAUUAAAGGGUUCUGUUGCUGAUUUUGGUGAUUUCUGCUAUUUUCCAUUGCAAAAGAAAAAAAAAAAAUGCAAAUGUUUAUAAAUCAUAUAUACGUAUAUUUUGCCACCUCUUUCAAAAGAGAGUUGUCGCAUUUGUAAUACACAAAAGAAAACAUAAUACAUAAUUAUAGAUCUCUUUUAUAUUUUA